GGGGCUGUGGUAUGUGUGAAAGAGGGGGCGUGGUCUGUGUGGUUGGGGAUGGGUAGAGAUUGAAGGGGUUUAGAGGAAGUAAAAGCGUGAAAAACAAGACUGAUGAUGUCACCAGUGCUGGGUAUGUCCUUCUUGGCUCUGGUCCUAUCAGGAGGAGCCUGGGCGUUUGCUCCCAUCGGGGGCGGAGCCUCCACCCACGUCAGCAUCACGGAAAAAGCCGUGCUACAGAAGGUCACAGAGGUGUGCCAAGCCAUCACCGAGUCAGAGGGACGAGACUUCACCCCCACGGGCAAUUCUGCAGAGGAGCUGGUCCAGGCCUGCCUGGGACCCAAAGCAACAGGUGAAGUGUCAGCAGCUAAGUUCAAAUCUGCCCUGAACGAGAUCUACAUACAGAACGGACAGGUGGACAGAGACUUUGUCAACAGCCCAGCCCAUCAUUUUAACUCUGAGGCGUUUGCUCUGGGCCGACGCCUUAUCACUGAUGGGGUGGCCAGCAUCAAGGCCAACAUACAAAAGGAGAACUUCCUGGCUGCCAGAGAGACACUGGGGAGAGUACUACACACACUACAGGACUUCUACAGCCACAGUAAUUGGGUGGAUCUGGGAUACACUGAACCCUACGCCAACCUGAUCCGCCCCGAUCUCCCACUGGAAAACCUGGCAGAUGUUAAAACCCCGACCUGCAGUGACUGUGCCAAUGGGGGGUUCUGUUCCAACUCCAUCCUGCCCAACAUUCUUAAUGAGAAGAAACUCACCUCUGGAUACAUGGGGAUCUUGUCCUCAGCUAAGCCUAAAGGUAAGUGUAGUCAUGGCGGUGCAGCUGACCUGACCAGCUCCAAGGCUCCUCGCGGGGGCAUCAGCAAGGAUGAGCGUCGCUCUGACAACGUGGCCCUGCACACCGCUGCUGUCACCGUGGCAACGAAGGCCACCCUCCAGCUGCUGGACGACAUCCGGGGCGCCGCCGGUGACAACAACUACCUACGCUUCAUGGGCGUAGCGCGUUCGUCAGUAGUUGUUUUUGUGAUCGACACCACGGGGAGCAUGAGUGAUGACAUCCUUGAAGCCAAGAGAGUCGUCUAUGAGAUCAUCGACAGCAAGAAGGGAACGCAGGAUGAGCCCUCCCAGUACAUCCUGGUCCCAUUCAACGACCCAGAGUUCGGACCCCUGAUAAAAACGACAAACCCUGAUGUAAUGAAAGCAGAGAUCGCUAACCUCACGGCUGAUGGAGGCGGAGACCUCCCUGAGAUGUGCCUAUCAGGGCUCCAGUUGGCGCUGACCGGUGCCCCUGCGUCGUCCAACAUCUAUGUUUUCACAGAUGCCAUUGCUAAGGACAUUGAAUUGAAGGAAACGAUUGUGGCCCUGAUCAGGAGCACUAAGUCAACCGUGUCUUUCUUCAUGACUGGUGAUGGUGAUGGUGCUAGAAGGAGGAGGCGUGGAGUAGAGUCCAGCGAAGCUACAUUCGAGACCUACAAGGACCUGGCGCUGGCGUCUGGUGGUCAGGCAAUCAGUGUCACCAAGGAAAAUCUGCCCCAGGCCACUGACGUCAUCAUCGACUCCUCCACCUCCGCUCUGGUGAUAGUCCUACAGCGAGCGAGGAACCCAGGCAGAGCUGAGACAUUCUCCUUCCUGCUGGACGAGUCUCUGAACAACAUCACCAUCUACAUCACUGGAAAGUCCCUCACCUUCACCCUGAAGAACCCUGCAGGUGUGACCCAGAAACAGAAUGAGGCCAACGGGGAACUGGGGACUGUCCAGACGGUGGGCAACCUCUACCGGGUCCGUCUGGCCCCCGACAAACAUACGGGAUUAUGGGAAAUCAGCAUGAACUCCAACCAGCCCUACACACUGAAGGUCACGGGUCAGAGUACCAUUUCCUUCAUUUAUAACUUUGUGGAGACCUUCGAUGGACCUCACCCAGGAUACGCCCUCAUCUCUGGCCGUCCGCAAGCAGGUAUGCCUGCCAUGUUGUUGGUAUCGGUGUUGGGCAGGAAGGGCCCAGCCUCUGUCAAGGUGGCUGACAUUGCCUUGGUGACAGUGUCAGGGUCAGAGGUCGUUGGCGGUACCCUGGAAGACAUGGGCAACGGGAACUUCCUAGUUACGGUAACCAAGGUCCCUGCGGGGGAGUUUGUGGUGCUGUUGAACGGGACAGACGUGGUCUCCUCCACCGUGUUCCAGAGACAGUCCACCACUCAGAUGUCUGUCUCCAAGGUUACCAUCAAGACCGUGGUGGACAGAAGCAUGGAGCCUGGUAAACCCUUCACCCUUCCCUUCACCGUCAUGACCGACGCCACUGGAGGCAGCUACAAAAUUAAUGCCAGAAAUGACCGAGACUUCAAAAUGAACAUCCCUGGCAGCAUCGCUGUGACCACCGGAGGAAACGCCACCGGUGAACUGACCAUCACGGUGCCCGCCAACACACCUUCGGGAACAGAUGUCACCUUAACCAUCGAGGCUGUGGCCCCCGGGGCAUCCGACUCCAACUACGCCGUCCUGCGCCUCUCUGUUGUCACCAAGGUGACAGAUUUCACCCCUCCCCAGUGUGAGGUGGUUAGCGUCUCGGUGGUCGACUGCCCAGCUGACCCAGCAGCCUGCAGCUCCGCCUUCUGGCAGCUCUCUGCCAACCUGACCGACAGUGUCAACGGCACGGGGAUCGCCAGCCUCAGACACCGCCAGGGAGUGGGCAGCCUCACCCACACGGACCUAAAGCAGACGGUUGUUACAGCAGCGUUCAACGCUUCGUGCUGCUCUCUGACAGUGGAGCUGGUGGCGGUGGACAAGGCCAUGAAUGUCGGCACCUGUCGGUUUUCCAUCGUCCGCAACGCGGGACCGCCCUCCAUCGCUCUGUCCCUCCCACUGUUGGUGUGUCUGCUGGUCUCUGCCCUCUUCACUACGUCCCUCAGAGACCUACUUUUCUGAUUUUAACCUCAUGGACUGACUGACUGCCAACCCGAUACUACCUCUUAAACUUAAAGGAGAAGAUACAUUUCUCAACCAAAUUUCUAUUUUUGAUGUAAAUGGCAUGUUAUAGAAGGGUUCAGAAUACCUGUUUUGUGAUUUCACAUGUUUUUGAGAACUUACCCCAAAUAGCAAAUCACUUCCUCAUCCUCGUUGUGUAGUAUGGGGCUCUGAAAAGGCUCCAAAAACACCCAAAUAUGUCCUUUUAGAAACGGCAAAGCUCUCAGUAUAGUGAUGCAGGUCUUUAAAUGUUGUACACAUGAAAUUGUGCCUUUCAUAUUAUAUUCCCUUUUUUUCAAACUUUCUUUAUUUCAUCAAACGAUGAUGAAAAUUGAUUUUUUUUAUAUAUAAAUGAUGAUUGCCAAAUAAUGUUGAAGGUAUACAGGGCACGUGAUGUUAUCACUUAACUAUAAAGCUCCCCUCUACAUUUAAUUCUAAAUGCCUACUGCUUGCUUAAGCUAUUUCUCAACUAUAAACACCAUGUGUCUUUGCAGGAUCCUUGUCCUGACUUUCCAGAAUCCCUGAAUUGCUUCGCCUUGCUUUUCUGUUAGGCUGGAUACAAGUUUCAACAUCCAAUUAUUUCAGAUAUACUAGAGUGCAAGUUUCACUAUGGCACCCUGGCGAUAUGUUGGCACAUGAUGAUAAUUAUUAGAAUAUGACAAAUAUCAGUCAAUUCUUGCAUUCAAUUCAUGCUGGCUUUUGCCUGAGACAUGAAACAGAUAGGUCGGAGGGCAUACAGGCUAUCACCAAUGUAUUCAUUGCCAAUUUGCAUAAAUGGGUAAUGGAAACACUUCAACCACAACCUUUUAUUCAACCCUAUAGGUGUGAUGUCAUUACGUCCAGCUGUUUUUAUCGACACAAGACAGUUCAGUGGAAACGCGCCGUAGCAGGCAACUUUCUAAAUGUCUACAAAACAUCACUGGACAAGUUAAUGGAAACAUAGCUAGUGAUGGCGCAAUUGGGCAUCAGGUCGCUGUAUGAUAUAAGGAAAGCUAAUAUGUUUAUUAACACAUAUCCAGGUGUUGUUAGAUCUGGCAGGCAUCUGCAAAGUUUUCAUCUGGGAACGUGCCCAAGGCCACCAUGAAAAUGAAUGCUUCUUGUGUAAAAAAGUGCCAGCAACUUCUCUCUAGGCAAUUACUCAACAUGUCAUUAGCACUGUAAUAUUAAUGUUUUAAUUUUUGUGUCCAGUUUACCUCUCUGGCAUGAAUAAAAAGCUCUGCUUUCCUGCUGCA